UGACCACCAAGAAGCUGCUGAGGGAGGAGAAGCCUGACUUCUUGGAGUUCCCUCCCCGGCUGGUGGCAGAGCAGUUGACACUGAUGGAUGUGGAGCUCUUCAAGAAAGUGAUGCCCCGCCACUUCCUGGACUCCAUCUGGUCCCAGUGGGACAACAGGGCCAAUGAGCACCUGGCACCCACCAUCCAUGCCACCAUGACCCACUUUAACAGAGUGGUCGAAUGUAUUGUCACCACCUGCAUUGGGGACCCGAGCAUGAUGGCCCAGGACAGGGCCAGGGUGGUGGAGUUCUGGAUCCAGGUGGCCAAGGAAUGCCAAGGCCUGAGGAACCUUUCUUCACUCCAUGCAAUCCUCUGGGCUCUGCAGAGCCCCUCCGUUCAUCAUUUAAAAAAGACAUGGAGACGCGUGUCCAGGAAGAAUGCUCGAAAAUUUAAAAACUUGAUGAAAACGGACCAGCGGGAGAGCAGGAAGCUUCUCAAGGAGGAGGUGACCUCUGUGAGGGCCACCCUGGAGAUGGACCCCCAGGGAGCCCAGGAGAGGCAGCAGCAGCAGGGUCUCGUCCCCUUCCUGGGCACGUUCCUCAAUCACCUGAAGCUGCUGGACAUUGGGAUGGAGGAUGAUCUGGAAAAACUCAAAGUCAUCCGGAGGAUCCAGCUGCUCCAGCAGGCUGCAAAUGCUUAUGACCUGGAGCCCGACGAGCGAUUUGGGGCCUGGUUCCAGGCCAUGGAGCCCAUCAGUGUCCGUGAGAGUUACUGCCUCUCCUGCCAGCUGGAGCCCGCACAUCAGAAGGCGAGCAAAAUGCGGCUCUUCAAGAGAAAGAGGAACGGGACAUCCUCCAGUUCAGGGCCGACUGCCACGUCCAUGGCAAGGAGCCGUCACACUCUGGAGACCACAAGUGCAGCUCCUCGUGACCAACAGGGACACUGGGGCCCUCGGGGUGCACUGGGCCAGCUCUUCCCCCCUGAGUGAAGGAGGACAUCCUAAGACUUUCCCUGGUUUCCCCUAAAGCCCCAGAGGGAGGGCACGACCCUCUCCAACUCCCUGACAUCUCCACCCCAGCGACUGUUAACCCAUUGGGGAGGAGCAAUAUUAUUUCUUUGAUAGUAAAUGGUAGAUUUGACUCUUACGUUAUAUCCUGCUUCUGUCACAGCCUGGGUGUUGUGGUGUGGUUCUUUCACUGCUUAUGCUCAUGUAAACGAGACACAGAAUCUCACAUUCCAUCUUGAAAUAAGAACUCGUGUAUCGUCACAGCUUAUUGUAUGUGGCAGAAGGGAGGGGGGAGGACCCGUCUCCUCCCUGGCUACCUAAUGACACCCUCAAGUCCUCCUUCCUCAGAGCACAGGUGCAUUUCAGUGUGGUUCACCUGGGCCCUCAAAUUUCCCUGGAUUUAGAGGCUGGAGGGACUUUCCCAGGCAGAGCAACAACCAGUGACAUGUGGGUGUCUUUCAAAUAGCACUUACCAGGACCAUGUCCUUCCCCAGGACAGUGGCUGUCUUUCUACAGCUUUUGAAGAAGAAGGAAUGUUUUCUGCUUCUCUUGUUGAGGUUUCUUUUGGUCAAAUAUUGGAACUUGCAGUUUUCUAAUCAGUCUCUGGAUUUGCAUCAACACGAAAUGAGGAAAAAAUGUAAAAAGAUAAAAGUUUAUUUGUGGAAAUGACAAAGCCAGAGGAAGACCAUGUGCAGAUGGACGAAGGACUGACAGGACAUCCCCAUCAGGCUGCCUCUAGGGCUCCCUGUUCACCCUUUGCCUAGAUUGGAAUCCUCCUGGGAUCCUGGCCCAUGACCUUGGAAGUCCUUUUCCUGCUUGUUUCCAGAGGGAAAGAUUCACGAUGCAGCUUUUAAAGCUACAACAGGACUUUGUUCCAUAAACCUCACCGCUCCCUGUGAACUAGGAUUUCCAGCAUCCCCGCACUUCCUUAUAUGAUUCCUUUCGGGCAGAAAUUCCCUAGAACUCCCCCAGCCUUUCUGUCCGGUACAUUGUGGCCAUUUCUCCCUGGCUGGACCUGAUGGAUCACGGUUGAGCUCUGGUUUGCCAGGAUAAUGGACCUUAAUCCUGGCCACUGAAUGACUCCCACUCUCCCUUGCUGCUCAGGGUGACAUCUGGGCCCGUAUGGUUCUGAGGUCCAUGGUCUCAGACAAUCACUAGUUUACCCACUCAGUCGUGUUUUUACUGACUUGUCCUAAAGGGGCAGCUGGGCCUGAGCCUAUAGAGCAGGUAGCCCCUGCCAGGGCACUGCCAUCCAGGAAAGAAAGAAUUCACACAUCGGUGUAGACACAUAAACACACACGUAUUUCCCACCAAAACCCCAAGAUGCAUGAACUACAGAGAUGAAAAGUGACUUCAGAAACAUCAACCAAUUGCAAAAGAAGGGUUUUAUUAAAAUCCUGACUCAAAUAAAAUGUAAAACCAGGAAAUAACCUUGAGAAAACUGGGAGACUUUGGAUACUGACCAGAUAGUUGAUUACAGGAAAGAUAUUUUUAUUUUUGUGUGUGAUAACGUUAUUGUGUUUGUGUUCCAAAAAUCUCUCAUCUGUAAGAGAAACUGAAAUAUUUACAGCUGAAAUGAUGAGCUCUCAGCCAUCUCAGCUGGUUAAUUCUUGGGGUGUUGGUGUGAGGAUAAACAAAGCCAGACGGUAUACGAGUUGAUAAGCUUUCAAGCAAGUGACAGGUUCACAGAGGUUGAUUUUUCUCUACUCUGAGAUUUCGCGAUUUUUGAAAACCUUCAGAACACAAU